AUGUCUUCUACAAGUGAACUUGAACAGGCUCUAGCACCCUUUCUCAGUGCUGAGCCUAAUCCUGUCCACAGGCUGUAUAAAGGGGGCAAUAUAGUUCUCUUUAUACUAGCAACUAUCUACACUUCUGUCGAUGCUUGGGGAAUAUCUCGGCAAGCCUUCAUAGACUUCCAUGCUGCAACAACAAAGGAUUACACUUUAUUGAUCCCCUACCUCAAUGGAGAUAAUCAAAAGGCUGCUUGGGGUGCAACAAGAAAUAUAAUUUCAACUCUUAUGAAGUAUGCACAUUUAGAUCAUUACUGUUUAAUGUGGAGUCCUGCUGAUAUCAAUAAUCUAAGUUCAAUAGCUGAUACAAUGCUUAUUUAUCGCUGCUAUCUCAUUUUCAAUUCAAACAAACUUGUUUUGUUUCUACUUGUUCUGGCUGCAAGUGUUCUGAAUGGCAUUGACCUUGGGUGUAUCAUUGUUGCCAUAAUUGGAUAUGGCAAUUCAUCAAAACCUGAAAAUAUUCACCUUAGAUUGAAAGCAAGCUUCAUUGACAAUGGAGCAGAAAUAGGAAUAGCUGUUUUUCAAAUUAUAUUGACAUUCUUGACUGGUGGACGCAUUUGGUGGAUUACCCGUCAAGCAAGGCAAUCUAUAAGAGGAUCAACAUAUACAAGAUAUAAUGAUAUUGUAGCUAUCAUUGUUGAGUCUGGAUUGCUAUAUGCAGGUUCCUUGUUGACUGCAGUAGUGAUCAAUCUUGUAUUGAAUCCCCAGACAGGCAUUGUGCCAUUUGAUUUUCUACUUGUCUCUGCUUUAAUGUCUGGACUUGCUCCUACAAUAGUCAUUGCUCGGAUGGCAUAUGGAAAAUCUGUUGAAAAUGUUCAGCAGACAAUAUCAACAUCCCAAGUUGCUGAUGUUCAGGUUAGUCAACAGACUCAACAAACUGGCACAAGGCAAGCAAUUAACAACUUCCAGUUACAAACUCAGCCUGGCAUUACUGUCAAUGACACACAAGGAGUGGAGGAGACAUCAGCUAUUCCAACUGUUGAGAAGGUCUAG